GAUUAGGGACUCUCUGGUCAUGCUAAGCCCUGAGGGAUGACCGCGACAUUGCUGAAUAUUACAGCAACUCCUGAUCAACACUAGGGGCCAUUAAUGGAACAUUCUGAGAUUGUUAGCAGCCUUUAGAUAAGAACCUCCUUCGAUUACAUGCACGUAUGUGUGUGAGUUUCCAUCGUUAAAGAUGAGGACCUCGUUGGACUGUCAGAAUCCCUUUUUUUCUUUAAAGGGGUGAUUCUUCUUCGAGAGGAACCCUAAACUCAGAGGAAUCAUGCUUUAGUGCAACUUCAGAUCUAGAGAAAGAACACCUUAGUCUUUCUCACAUUUACAUGCAAAUGUAAAGGCAAGGGAAAGAAAAGGCAUCCUGAAGACAGAUUGAUCCAGAUCUUCUGUGGUCCUCUCUCCCACUUACUCAUUGGUUCUGGUUGGCCAGAGUGGCAUGAGUGUGGGCAGGCCCCACCGUUACAGCAUCGUUUCAUCGUCAGAGGAGGACGUGUACCGCCAAGGCAACAUGCCCACCCUCGGCAAUGGCUUUGGCAAUGGUAAGGUCCAGACACGCAGGAAAGUACGGAACCGCUUCGUAAACAAGACGGGCCAGUGCAAUGUCAGUUUUGCACAUAUGGACGAACAAUCCCAGCGUUACCUCGCAGACAUUUUUACCACAUGUGUGGACAUUCGCUGGCGCUGGAUGUUUGUCCUUUUCUCACUUGCAUUUGUUCUUUCCUGGCUUGGGUUUGGUUUUGCCUUCUGGCUCAUUGCUCUUGUUCAUGGUGACUUAGACCGACCCUCUGGAGAUGAUUUCACACCAUGCGUCAUGCAGGUCAACAGCUUUGUAGCUGCAUUUUUGUUCUCGGUUGAGACGCAGACCACGAUUGGCUACGGGUUCCGCUGUGUGACUGAGGAGUGUCCAUUAGCUGUGUUCAUGGUUGUCUUCCAGUCCAUCGUGGGCUGCAUCAUUGACUCUUUUAUGAUUGGCGCCAUCAUGGCCAAAAUGGCGCGACCCAAAAAACGGGCAGAGACAAUACUGUUUUCUCACAAUGCUGUCAUUGCGAUGCGCGAUGGGAAGUUAAGCCUAAUGUGGAGAGUUGGGAACUUGAGGAAAAGUCAUAUUGUUGAGGCUCACGUGCGGGCACAACUUAUUAAGCCCCGAAUAACAGAAGAAGGCGAGUACAUCCCACUCGAUCAGAUUGAUAUCAAUGUGGGCUACGACCAAGGUCUCGACCGCAUCUUCCUUGUUGCUCCCCUUACUGUCCUCCAUGAGAUAAAUGAGGAGAGUCCACUGUUUGGAAUCAGCAAGCAAGACCUGGAAACAGCUGAUUUUGAGAUUGUGGUCAUCCUAGAAGGGAUGGUUGAGGCAACUGCGAUGACGGCUCAGGUGCGCAGCUCCUUCCUGGCCAGUGAAAUCUUAUGGGGCCAUCGUUUUGAACCAGUGGUGUUUGAGGAACGGAACCAGUACAAGGUGGACUACUCGCACUUCCAUAAGACCUACGAGGUGCCCUCAACGCCGCGCUGCAGCGCCAAAGAUAUGGAGGAGAGCAAGUCCCUAGAGUCUGGCGCCAACUUCUGUUAUGAGAAUGAGUUGGCCUUCAUCAGCAGGGAUGAAGAGGAGCAAGAUGAGCAUGGUGAGAGAGCGACUGAGCUAGAGACCCUAUCCGCCAAUCUGAACUUUGAUCAGAGGUCAUAUCACAAAGAAUCAGAAAUUUGAAUAUGAUCGUCACCUUGGGAACUUUGCUUUAUUGUAGACUCAGCCUAUUUUUCUAGUGUUGGAUGUAAUGGAUAGAUAAAGAGCAACGCAAGUGCCAAAUAUGAAACCCUGGCCCACUGUUCUAGAGCUAUGUCGUAGAUGAGGGCAGGUCAAGAAAAGUAAGUGCGUUUUGUAGUUUGUCGGAAAUGCGAGGCCUUCUUGUAGGAAAACUUGAAAUCUAAAAUAUCUGUUGCAUACUGUAGUUUGAAGUGAUAGCUUUAAGUAGAAUCAUUAUGCAAUACUAAGCUAGCCUGGGUGCCAUACUGACAAAAUCUCUUUCUUGUAAACACAAUUUGCACAAGCUAGGUUGCUAACCACUACUGUGUUUGAAUAUUGAGUAUAAAAUGAUACCAUAAUAUAUAACAAGUUAUUUGGUGUGAUCUUCAGCAAUAAAGUGACUUUCAUCCAUGUUUUCCAUAUUCAAACUGUCUGGCUUACUUUAGAGAUGAUCACAAAUACUGCGUUGCUGUUUUUAUUUUCAUCACAUCACAUCAGAGCAAAGCAAAUGUUUGAGACUUUUAUUUUUUAGCAUGUAAUAAAUUAUUACUUAAAAGGUGUGUGAAAGACAAUUAACACUAAUUACUGCUGACAAUGAGCAAGAUGGCUCCCAGGCUAGCAAAUAGUGAAGACACAAAAAGUAUUUAUUCAGUGUUAGAAAAUGAGUAGACAAAUAUAUAAAGAGAGUAUGUGAGUGAUUAGGUGAUUGAGUGAAAAAGAACGCAUGGUUAUAGGAUAAGCUUAAACUUUGAGGAUGAUGACAGCCUUCAUGCUCAGGACCCCCCACCCCCCCACGAUGGCCUGAGAACAACAACAUUAUAAUACUUUAAUAUAAAGUAUAAUGUUGCUUAAAAGGUAAAGUGUUAGAUUUUUUUUAAUGUUAAAAUAUUUGGCCAACUGUAGGUAGAUUCCCACUUAAAAGUGACUCUGUGGCACUAUCAUAACAUUGCUCUGAUUGUUUGAGCAUCCCGACUAGCCCGAGUUUGGGGUGGGACUAUCUGUUUGUCCUUUUCUUGACAACAGGGACAUUUUUUGUUGUUUGGUGAUGCUUGUGGUGCAGAAAUUACUUUACCUUUAAUGACAUAUGCUGUAAAGCCAAUGAGUGCUAAUCUUUUAAGUGUUUUAGCCACUCAAAUAAACUCCAAAACAAAACAUUUUUUAAAAUGACAUUUUACUAAAGUAACAGUUGCAUUAUGCUAGUGUGCUUGUUUUAUAAGGUAUGCCCUUCAGUGUAAUCUUUAUCUAUUGGCAUUUCUUUUCUCAGUGUCAAAAGAGCUGCCCAAAUGUUGAAAGGAAAUUAGCAAUAUAAAAUAUUAAAAAGUGGAAGUGUAGGAUUGGAGAGAUUCAGUUGUAAAGCCAUGUUUCACAUUAACUACAUUUUAAAGGGUUAGUUCACCCAA